UUUUUCCAGUAACAAAUUAUGAUCACAAAGCUGGAGUUUUAUAAAAUUUUGUCAAUUUCAGGUGUCUUGAGCUGCCAUACACUCACUGAUCUUUCGAACUGUCUCGAAAUCUUUAUAAUACUAAAGAUCAAUGGGUUGUUGUUGUUGUCUACCGAGUAUACCUGAAAACUCUAGAACUAUAGAUGAGCAUGUUCCCUUAUCUCUUGCGCCGCCUUCCUCUCUCUCUAAUACAUACACUUCACCGCUUUCGCCGCCUAUUCCUCUAGCCUUCUCGAAUAGAAAUCUUCAAACUACUCCACAGAAAUUACCAAUAGUUCAGAGCAAUUCGAGCGGAGGAGGUGCCCCUGGAAUCACACAGGUUGCUCCAGAGAAGCAAACAUGGCCUGUUGAUGACCAUAAAACUGAUCUUGAUCUAAAGAAAAAGGAUCGAGAAACAAUCGAUGAAUGUCCAAUUUGCUUAGAAGAAUAUGAUAUUGAAAACCCGAAGUUGCUCACUAAAUGUGGCCAUGAUUUCCAUCUCGCAUGCAUUCUUGAUUGGAUGGAAAGAAGCGAGGCGUGUCCUGUUUGCGACAAGGAAUUGGUACUCCCUGAAUCAUAAUCAGAGAGAACAAACACAAGAAGUGCGAAAAAUGGUACAAAAUAUUUGAUUAAACUUGCAUCAUUAGGAGUUAGCUAGCCUGGUGGUAUAAUGAACAUUCAUUGUUACGUUUGCAACAUUAUUCUCAAGCUUUGUGUUCUUUCUAUUGCUUUUUUUUCUUCUUAAUGUAGAAAUUAUAUUUUGAUUGUUUGAUAUUCUUUGAAGAACUCUAUAUUCACGAGUUGUUUCCUCAACCUGAAUUACUUCAAGGAAAAAGUUAAAAGUGCA